AAUCAAGCAACAACAUCACGUGGCAUUUACGGUCUGGAAAAGGGCGACCGCCCAGGCCAAUCACUGUAUCUUUGUCAUAGUUCUCUCUCCUCUUUUCCCCUUUUCUCUUUGCGAUGUGGUUGUGUCCUGGUAUUUCAGCGCCUUGUUUUCUAGCGAUUGAGUAGGCUCUUCUUGGGGGAACCUGGAACGUGCUGGCGCCCCUUCCGCAUGGAGACACAAAUGACACCAAUGAUUUGACGAAAUACAGUCAACGAUUCGGCUUCUCAAGAUCGUGUUGCCGAGAAACCGCUGUCUAACGUCUCGUCUUUCUCCAGUGGUACCGACGAUGGUGUCGCGAGAUCGGUCGCGAAGCAUCCAAUCAUGAAACUGAUCUGGCUUGUGCAUGUGUUUGUCGUUUUCCCCGAUUUUGACUCGCGGUCGUUCCAGCCACUUUGAUUUUGCGCCCGUCAGCCUUGCUUUCGCUCCCGUUGAUGUGUUCAGUGAGAAUUGACUGCCGGAGCCUUGCAGCGCGACGAUUCGUUUUCGGCGCGUGCUGUCUUUGCGUCUUUGAGAUUCCCUGGCUGACAGUAGCCGAGGGAGCCUAAGCUGCCCGUGCUUUCGCAUAACAAAAGCCCCUGCUGGCUGCGGCAGAUGGCCGGAAAUGACAUCACCUCGCUUCGCGUGCGACCUCCUUCAUUCCAGAUCCUACAGCCAAAUGGGUGCCCUAACAGCAUUGCUUUGGCGCCCGAUCCCGACGGCAAUGCUUUCCCUCCCUCGUCUGAUAUUCCUCCCGUCUUAGGCCUCCUUAGCAGUUUGCUUUUUGCGUAGCAGGGAAGUCGAGGCAGUUGGCUCAGUCAGGGGGCACGGCCAAGGCUUCAUCCCCAAUCGGCGCUAGGAUUGAAGCCUAAGCAAACAGGCGCAAUGAACACGGCGACGGUAUCGCUCGCGGUCACGCCGACUGUGGUCUCGACGCUUGUGACCCAUUACCUGAACCGGAAGCCCCUCCGGCAGCGGCCGACUGCCCACCUGCCCUACCACGAAGGCCUCCACCUCAUCAGGUCCUUCCUCCUCUACGCCUCGCACCACACAGUCGAGGAGCUCCAGGCCUUCACUUCCCAAUGGGUGCCUCAUCCACAAUGGGUCAAGGUCCAGGAUAUCAAGGUCCCGGAGGACCACAUCACCCGCGCGGCGUCCCUCCUCGAGGAGCAGCUGGGCCCCGAGGGCAUCCGCAAGGUUGGCGGCUCCAAGUGGUGGCAGUGGCGCAAGCCCGACACUCCCCUACGUGCCGAGUGGAUCGAGAUGCGGUCCGACCAUAACGAGCGCAAGAAGUCUGGCCAGCCGUGUAAGCGCAUCAUGCUGUACAUUCAUGGAGGCGCCUACUACUUUGGCAGCGUCGACGAGCACCGCUACCAGCUCCAGAGACACGCCCGCAAGCUCAAGGCCCGUGUCAUUGCACCUCGCUACCGUCUGUCCCCGCAGUUUCCUUUCCCGUGCGGCCUCCAUGACUGCCUGGCCACAUACUUGUACCUCCUGGCGUCGGGUCAUGAGCCGAGCACCAUAAUCAUUGCUGGUGACUCUGCGGGCGGAGGCAUGGCUCUUUCGCUUCUUGUGAUACUUAGGGACCGCGGCAUCCCGCUGCCGGCCGGCGCUGUCCUGAUCAGCCCCUGGGUGGACCUUACGCAUUCGUUCCCGAGUGUUGGCGGAGAUGCUCCGUUUGACUAUAUUCCUCAGAACGGGUUUCACCACAAGCAUUCGGAGGCGUGGCCACCUCCGACGGCCGAACAGCUCAAAGAAAUCAACAGCCAGAGAAUUGACGCUAAGAAGGCAACCCAAGAUGCCUCAAGUAUCCCCAGGAUUAAGGAGGCUGAGAAGAAUGAAGUGCUCCUAUCAGUCAUCAUUGACGGCGAGCCGGUGGAAGUGACGGAGCAGAUUCAGAUGUACACCACCAACGACCUCCUGGCACACCCACUUGUGAGCCCCAUCAUGCAGCCCACGCUGGGCGGAUUGCCCCCGCUGUUCAUCAUGACGGGAGGCGGCGAGAUCUUGCGGGACGAGCAAAUAUACCUUGCCCACAAAUGCGCCGACCCAGAAAAGUACCUACCGGCCGACUCUCUACUCAACGAUGCCGCGCGGGAGCUGGUCAAGCAGUUCAAACCCACGGACGUGCAGCUUCAGGUGUGGGAUGACAUGUGCCACGUAGGCCCGACGCUGGCUUUCACCCGCCCGGCCAAGUACAUGUAUCGCUCCAUCGCCCAGUUUGGUGCAUGGGCCCUGGCUCGGGCCCAACGGACAGAGAUCGAUAUUCUGGAUGACGAUGAUAUUUCCGUCAUCUCGUCAUCGGCCUCUGAUAGCGGAGGAGAAGAACAAAAUACUGUCCCAGGCGAAACGUCCAACGAGAAGCCGGAAGACUCCCAGAGCACGGUUGGUAAGGCUGGCGAUCCGCUGCCCGAGUUCAAGGCACACAUGAUCCGGCAGCGAGUGACUCGGCACGGCGACGUCUUCCCGCUGGCUCCUCCCUCGGAUCUCCCCGGGUGCUGCGCUGCUCCCGAGGACAUCGGAGUCCCCAAGGAGACCCAGGUCCGCAGCUGGCUCGAGGCGAAAAAGCAGUGGGAGACUCGGUAUGCUAGCGCCUGUAAGAGCGUCCACAAAAAGAGGCUCAAAAACGCCGCUGCCGGGUACGAGUCCUUUGGCGCGGGUGAGCACCCGCCUCCCAGCGCGCUGGCGGGCAGGAGGAAGCUCGGGGCGGAGCAAAAGGGUCAGAGGAAGCGCCGCCGUAGCAUGGGCCUGGCCCUCUGGUCGCUUUGGGGCUCAAAGCACGAUGAGGUCACGAUCAACCGCGAGCAGCAGGCCGACAAACGGCCCGAGUCCAGGGCCCCACAGCCCAGCGAGGGCGCGGGUGCGCGGUCCUUCUUGGACAUCCAGGGCCAGGAAGCCGCGCGGCCGGUCACAUCCCCGGGCCCGAGCCGCAGCCCGGCGCGGAUGAGAUUCGUCAGGGACGAAAACCAGGCCGGGACCGACGUCGCGGUUCAGGUCGAGGGCGGCGCCGAGCAGGAUGCGACGCCAGUUGUGGAGCUGAUCGCCCAGAGGCGAGGGAGGGAGGCCAAGGCUGCCGAAUCGGAGGAUCUGCUGGACCCGAACCACGUGCCCGAGACUGGCGCCACGGGCAAGCGGCCGCACGUGGACGGGAUAUCGGUGCCGUUCAGCAUCAAGAAAGAGGCUGACACCGCGAGCAUGCUCACGUUGACAUCUACGGUCGAUCCCUCGGGCCCCGCGAGCCCCGGACCCUCUAGUCGGCCGAUGAGCAUGGAGGUACCUGAUAUCGAGAAGAGGAUUGCCCAGGAGCCUGGCAAGGGCGAGGGCCAUGAUGUCGGAUACUUUUCCCAGAGCAAGACCGACAAGUGUGCACUUCCAGGCACUGGGAAGGACGCCGCCAGGAAAGAGCCUGAGUCGCCCGCAGGGCCCGAGGAUGCUGAUGAUGUUACCCCAAACGCCAAUGCCACCAGCGGCAUCUCGGGAGCUACUCUCGAUGUUCCCACACCCUUGUCUCCCGGCAUCUACGAGACACCCCUCUCAUCGCCUCGGCCGACCCUGGAUAGAUUCAUCACGGCAGAUGAGGGGCCACCCAAAGCGACAUCGAUCGCGAACGCAUAGCUAGUACCCAUCCCGCUAUUCUUACCCACACUUUACCCCGUUCCCUUUGUCUCAAUAAUUUGCAGUAAACACCAUCCGCUUCCUUACCAUUUUCAGUCAGCCUUACCUUUCGUUCUGCCCGAGACAUGUCUCUCCAGUUUUGAUUCUACCUCCUAGUCCUGUGCCCAGGAAGCGCAAGGGCGCCAAGUUUGGAAUAUUGCCUACCCAAGUCUACACGAGAGUCUUUUUAUACGCGCAUUUGUUCAUACAUAGAUUCGUUCCCCGGUAUAAUACAUGAUAUCCAGCUGAGCCGCGCCAACCAGACAGACUCUGCCGUGACUCCUAGAAGAAAUACAAUCCUUAGGUGGC